AUGACGGCGGACGAUGAGGCCGGCAGCGAGAUGCUGGUGUCGGCUGACCGAUUCUCAGGCUCAUCUUCAUCCACAGCAGCCGACAACUCCCAGAGAGAAAUCGGACAGUUGGCGCGCCGAAUUACGAGUAUAUCACAGGUUCACGAUGCCAACGCGCACCACGACGUCUUGAACCCCCCCAAAAACGGCCCCCUGGACCCAAACUCUUCAAAUUUUGACAGCGUGGCCUGGGCAAAGGCCUUUAUCCACCUCUUUGAGUCGGACCCCAACACGGCGCCCAACAGGCUCGCGGGCGUCGCAUUCCGAAACCUCAAUGUCUUUGGGUACAGCUCUGGCACACAGUACCAGAAGAGUACAGGGAAUAUCGCGCUGAGCAUGGCCGCCGAUCUUGUUGGACUCGCCACGGGGAAGUCAAAAAAGCGCAUCGACAUUCUGCAAGACUUUGAAGGCCUCGUUGAGCCCGGCGAGAUGCUGCUCGUGCUCGGUCCGCCUGGUUCGGGGUGCUCCACUCUCUUGAAGACACUGGCUGGCCAAACCGAAGGGCUGAACGUCGCCCAGGACUCGUACAUGAAUUUCAGAGGAAUCGAACCAAAGCGCAUGCAUAGAUGGUUUCGCGGCGACGUUCUCUACAACGCAGAGGUCGACGUCCACCUGGCGCCGUUGUCGGUCGGCGACACGCUCGAGUUCGCGUCGAGGGCGAGGGUCCCGUCCCGCAUCCCGGGUGGGCUCACGGGUCCCGAGUUUGCCCGCAUCAUGCGCGACGUGAUGAUGGCGGCGUUUGGCAUCUCCCACACCGUCAACACCAAAGUCGGCGAUGACUUUGUGCGUGGCGUGUCCGGGGGCGAACGCAAGCGCGUCAGCAUCGUCGAGGCCGCGCUGACCGGCGCCAAGUUCCAGUGUUGGGAUAACAGCACGCGAGGGCUCGAUAGCGGGAAUGCGAUUGCGUUUUGUCAGAAUCUCCGGACGCAGUCGGAUUUGAUGGAGGUUGCGUCGGCCGUGGCGAUUUAUCAGGCACCGCAAUCUGCCUACGAUCUGUUUGAUAAAGUGACGGUGGUGUACGAGGGACGGCAAAUCUUCUUUGGCAAGAUUGGUGAAGCGAAACGGUAUUUCGAGGAGCUGGGUUUCCAGUGCCCCGAACGGCAAACCGUACCAGACUUCCUUACGUCAAUGACAUCUCCGAAUGAGAGAAAGAUCCGACCAGGCCACGAGCACCUCGCUCCUCGGACUCCUGAAGAGUUCGCCGCCAGGUGGAAGGCAUCAAAACAGCACGAAAGUCUCAUGGCCGACAUUGAGACCUACGACAUCACCCACGUCCCCGAGGACCGCCUCGAGGCGUUCCAGGACAGCAUCAGAGCCGAGAGAAGUUCGUGGCAACGACUCAAGUCGCCGUACAUGAUUACGUAUCCGAGGCAGGUGAAACUCUGUCUGUGGCGUGGAUGGAAGCGCCUGAUCGCCGACCCCGAGUUCACAAUAUCUUCCCUCGUGUUCAACAUCGUCAUCGGACUCAUUCUUGGAAGCAUGUUUUUCAAUCUGAAGAAGGACUCGGAUACUUUCUACUACCGUGGCGGUUUGAUUUUCUUUGCUCUGUUGUUCAACGCUUUUGCUAGUGAGAUGGAGGUUCUCACGUUGUACACUCAAAGACCGGUCAUUGAAAAGCAUAAUCGAUAUGCUCUGUAUCACCAGUCUGCCGAAGCCAUCUCGAGCUACAUCAUCGAGCUACCAUACAAGAUCACAAACGUCUUCGUCUUCAACUCGAUUCUCUAUUUCAUGGCCAACUUGAACCGCGAACCUGGACCCUUCUUCUUCUUCUGCCUCGUCUCGUUCCUCGUCCUCCUGGCGAUGUCAGGCAUCUAUCGGACCCUGGCAUCUCUCGCACGCACUUCGCAUCAAGCCAUGGUCCCAGUCGCCCUCAUUACCAUUGGAGUAACAAUGUACGCCGGCUUCACGGUGCCAACGACCUACAUGCAGGGGUGGUCGCGCUGGAUGGGAUACGUUAACCCGCUCUCGUAUGCGUUCGAGGCGCUCAUGAUCAAUGAGUUCCAUGGUCGCAAGUUCCUAUGCGGCAGUCUCGUGCCUUCAGGUCCCGGCUACGAUGGUCUGGCUAUAUCCGGUCGCACCUGUGCCGUUGUGGGUGCCGUACCCGGCUCAGAUCAGGUCGAUGGUGACCGAUAUAUUGAGCAAUCUUUUGACUACUCCAACGGUCACAAAUGGAGGAACGUCGGCAUCUUAUGUGCUUACGUUGUGGCGUUCUUGAUCACGUACAUCGUCACCGCCGAGUUCGCCAAGCCGCCUAAAGGCGAAGGCGAAGUUCUUGUUUUCCGACGCGGCAGAGUACCUCCCGCGAUGAAGCAGAAGGCCAUGGUCGACGAAGAGAAUCAAUCCCGCAACGCGACUUUGACCGGGAACGCUUCCACCGUACCGACGGAGAAGCCGUCGGAAAAAAGACCGAGGCCCAGUGAAUGUGGCAAGCCAAUCUUUCACUGGGAGGAUAUCUGUUACGAUGUCAAGAUCAAAGAUCAGGACCGACGCAUCUUGGACUUUGUCGACGGUUGGGUGCAGCCAGGUGUUAUCACAGCUCUCAUGGGCGCUUCUGGUGCCGGAAAGACCACGCUUCUCGACGCUCUCGCUGCCCGUAUCACUAUGGGUGUGAUAUCCGGCGAUACCAUGGUCAACGGCCAACCGACGGACAGAUCCUUCCCCAACCGCGUCGGAUACGUCCAGCAGCAAGACGUCCACCUCGACACAAUGACCGUCCGAGAGGCCCUCGAGUUCAGCGCCCUGUUGCGGCAGAGCGCCGACACCCCUCGCGAGGCCAAGUUGGCCUACAUUGACGAAGUGAUUGACCUGCUCGACAUGAGCGACUUUGUCGACGCCGUCAUCGGGGUCCCCGGCCAGGGCCUCAACGUGGAACAACGCAAGCGGCUGACCAUUGGCGUCGAGCUCGCGGCCAGGCCGCAGCUGUUGGUGUUCCUCGACGAACCGACCUCGGGUCUCGACUCGCAGACGUCUUGGGCGAUUUGCGACCUGAUUGAGAAAUUGGCAAAGAGCGGCCAGGCGAUUCUGUGUACUAUCCACCAGCCGUCUGCCAUGCUUUUUGCCCGCUUUGACCGGUUGCUUUUGCUGCAGAGUGGGGGGAAGACUGUGUACUUUGGAGAUAUUGGUGAAAACGCCACAACCAUGAUUGAUUAUCUCGAACGCAAUGGCGCAUCUCCAUGCCCCCCUGAUGCCAAUCCCGCAGAAUGGAUGUUGAAGGCCACCACCCUGUCCGAGGAUGGCCCCAACUGGUAUGAGAUUUGGCGUUCGUCUCCGGAAUACCGCGAGGUGAAGACCGAGCUCGGUCUUCUUCGUCAACAGACUAAUGAGAAGCUCGUGACGGAAGCCUCGAACAACGUUGCCACCAACCAAGAGUUUGCCUCGUCGUUCUGGACCCAGUUCCAACACGUCUUUGUCCGCACUGCCAAACACUUUUGGAGGUCUCCUGUGUACACCUGGUCGAAACUCACUCUGACGAUUCUCAUGGCCCUCUAUAUUGGGUUCACAUUCAACUCGGAAAACAGCUUGCAAGGCCUGCAGAACCAGGUUUACGCCUUCUUCAUGGUCCUCACGACUGUAAACGAGUUCAGCAAGCAGAUUAUGCCCAUGUUCAUUCCCCAGAGAGCUCUCUACGAAGUUCGAGAGAGGCCGUCUCGCGUCUACCGAUGGAACACUUACGUCCUGUCCAACAUUGCCAUCGAAAUGAUCUGGAACACUCUUGCCUCCGUCAUCUACUUUUUCUGCUGGUACUACCCGGUCAAGUUUUUCCGCAACACCACCUCCGAAGACGUCUCGAUCCGCGGCUUCACCGUCUUCCUCUUCAUCUGGGUCUUCUUCCUCUGGCUCAGCACCUUUUCUCAGCUCGCCAUUGUCGCCAUCGAGACGGCCGACCUGGCCAGCAUCCCGACCAGUCUCUUCUCCAUUCUCUGCAUGGCCUUCUGCGGCGUCGGCGUCCUCCGCGUCGACUUGCCCUCCAUUUGGAGCGAUUUCAUGUACUGGGUCAGUCCGAUGACGUACCUCGCGAGCGGCGCGUUGUCGACCUGUCUCCACGGCGCCAAGGUCACCUGCACAGCCAAGGAGAUUGUGUCGGUCCCGGUGCCGUCGUCGAACAUGACGUGCGGCGAAUUCCUCGGUCCCUUUAUCCGGAGCGCGGGCGGGUACCUGGUGAAUGCUGCCGCAACGGAUACGUGCGGAUACUGCCGUAUGAAUACCACGGACGACUAUCUUGCGCGGUACGAGAUCAAGUACGAUGAUCGGUGGAGGAACUUUGGUCUCUUGUGGGUGUACAUUGUGUUUAAUGUUGCGGCUGCUUGCGGUCUCUACUGGCUUGCUAGGGUGCCCAAGGGACAGGGUGUCAAGCGGAAGUAG